UGACUUACACCUCGGUCACAGGCUCGGAUUUCCCCAUUUCCCAUUUUAGAAAUGACGAGGGUGCCCCGGAGAAGGUUCCAACUCCUCAUGCCCUCCAGGCUGGCGACAGGGAGUGAGCGGCGAGCACCAUGCUCCCGUGGGGCUGGGUAUUUCUUUGGCUCCUGGGCAGACAGCGGACCGGAGGCUUGAGCACGGCAGGCUGUCCCACCAAGAAACUCCUCUGGACAUACUCCCCCGGAAAGGAAGAGGAGUUUGUCUUAUUCUGCCACAUCUCAGGGCCAUGGAGGUCAUGUUUCUCCCAUGAAAAUCAGUGCAGCCCGACGCAGAGCCCCAAAGCCCUGCCCUGCAGGCAUCAAGGGGACCUUGCUGAGGUCCGGUGGUACCGGCAACAUGGGGACGUGGGACCUCUGGAGGAGAUUGCUGGAGGCCACCCUCACAUCACUCCGAACGAGAGCAUGCUUUACUUCCGUACCCCGGAGUUGGCCGAGCCUGGCACAUAUAUUUGUAGAGCCCGGCUUAGGAGUGCCCCAAGGGUGGACGUGCCUUGCUGUUUCAAGACCGUGCUGGAUGUGAGGCCUCAGACUGAGGCCCCUUGCAAUGCCUCUGCGCCCCACAAGCAAUUCCUGCUUCUUGGGACCAUGGGCUCAAUCCGCUGUCCCCGACUCGGCUGCCAAGCGGACUCACACAGACCCGAAGUGACCUGGUACCAGAAUGGAAAAGUCCUCUCUGGGGAAAAGAGCGACUCGAUCCUCGUGGACGACAUUUACGACUACCACCAGGGCACAUACGUGUGUGACUAUGCGCUGUCACCAAACGCCAGCUCCUGGAUAGCCAGAGCCGUGGUCCACGUGAGAACCAUCGUGGCUGACACCAAGUUCAAACCAGACAUCGUGUACCCAACCCAGGAUGUCCUGGAAGUAGAACUUGGAAAACCUUUAACUCUUCACUGUGCUGUUCGAUUUGGCUUCCAGCGGGACUUCAACCCAGUGAUAAGGUGGUACAUCAAGGACGCAGACCGGGAGUGGGGAUUCCCAACAUUCCAGGAAAAAAGUAUUAAGUCUACUUUUGAGGAGGAGGUCAUCGAGUGUGUUGUCUUCUUGAAGGAAGUCACGUGGCGCGAGCUGGGGUGCAAGUUUGUGUGCUUUGCCCAGAACUCUGUGGGCAACGUGACCCAGACCAUCCGACUGAAGGAGAAGAGAGGAGGGGUGCUCCUGUAUGUCCUGCUCGGCACUGCCUCCACCCUGGUGGGCCUGUUGGCAGCUGGCGUCCUCGUCUACACCUACUGGAUCGAAAUCCUGCUGCUGUGCCAGAUCUACCAGAGCAAGGACGAGACUCUUGGGGAUAAAAAGGAAUUUGAUGCCUUUGUGUCCUAUGCGAAGCAGUGCGCUUCAGGGAGUGAGGCCCCUUCACAUGUCAGCGAGGAGCGCCUGGCCCUGAACCUGUUUCCUGAGGUCUUGGAAAACAAAUACGGAUUCACCUUGUGUUUGCUGGACAGAGAUGUGGCCCCUGGGGGAGUGUAUGCAGAAGACAUUGUGAAUGCCAUUAAGAAAAGUCGAAGAGGAAUAUUUAUCCUGAGUCCCAACUACAUCAAUGGACCCCAAGUCUUUGAACUUCAAGCAGCAGUGAAUUUGGCCUUGAGUGACCAAAUGCUAAAACUCAUUUUAAUUAAGUUCAGUUCCUUCCAAGAACCGGAGUCUCUACCUCCUGUCGUGAAGAAAGCUCUCAGAGUUUUGCCCACCAUCACUUGGCGAGGCUUGAAGUCAGUUCCUUCAAGUUCGAGGUUCUGGGCCCAGGUGCGCUACCACAUGCCUAUGCGGCAUCCGAGGGGGCGCGUGGGGCGCUGGCUGGGGGCCAUCCUGCAGACCUUCUCUCUGGAAAGGACUAGAUGGAUCAGGAACUGCUGCAAUGAGCUCACAGUCUAGGGAGCCGGGCCUCGCCGCCACGGGAACCUGGGUGUGGGGAGGAGCAGCAGGCGGGCCUGGAGAGGGCUCAGGGCAGACAGUGUCUUCCUCCUGCCAACCUGAGCAGGCAGGGAAGCCCCCACGAGGACACCGAAGCUGCUAUUCAGGACCUCUGAUGUCCCGGCUGGGAGGAGAGAGCGACUCCUCGGAGCACCUCCUGCCUCAGCUGCAGGCCUGUGUGCUGCAGCGAACUUUGGACAGAGCUGUGCCUUCUCUGGUCAGACAAAUAUCAUGGCACCAGACAGGAGUGGCGGAACUCUGCUCGGAGCCUCACAUUGUUUAAACUUUUAUCGGUGCGCAUGUGCGGGGCAGACCUCUGUGCCUGUGUGGAGCUGGAGAGGCCAUGUGAAAUCAAAGCCCAUGUUUCUGACUUGUGUCACUCAGCAUUAUGGUCUCAAGGUGCAGCCAUUUGGCCCGAAUGACUCCAGCUCGUCCUUCUUCACGGCAGAGCAGUGCACCAGGGUGUGGAGUGCCCUGUUUUCCCGUCUGCUGACGGACACAGGCAGCUUCCAAGCUCAGCUACAAUGAGCGAGCGUGGCUCACUCAGGAAGAUUCCGUCUUCCGCAGGAAGAACAGCCCCCACCAAGCCCAGGUGUCACACGCCUGGCGGGCCUUGGGGACGACCACGGUGCAGUGGUGAGGAUGUAGAUCCGGCGGCCGCUGUGCGUGGAAGGCAGCACGGACAGUCCUUGGCUACUGAGCUAGAGGCCAAGCCCAGCUGCCUUGCUCUCCCCGUUCUGCGCACCAUCCCACUUGGCGUUUCCAGAGCUGCGUUCCUGGUCCACACUGGGAUGAGAAGGGAGUGAAGGCGAGAAGUGGCGGUGCUCCGGGCCAAGCGGCGACAGGGCUGUGUGAGUCCCUGCGGGUCCCUGCUGAGCCCAGAGUGCGCCCAGAGAGGCGUCUUCAGCAAAGCACGGCGCCUCGGCCUCACGUCCUGCUGAGUGCCCUGCACGCUGCCCAGGCCUGGCCCACCGCCUCAGCACUCCGGGGCAGAGGGGACCGAGCUGCUCCAAGCGCACAGCCUCUGUUUGCUGCGUGCAGGUGCAGGCGUGGUUUCUACCCAGCCUGUGGCUUCCACAACACACAGGAAAGGUGAAGAAGCCCCCAGGAGUGGGAGACAUCGUGGACAGGAAGCCUGCUUCUGGUCACCCAGCCGCAGAGCAGGGAGGCCCAGGCUCCGGUCCUCUGGUCUCCUUCACAGAGCCUCCGUGUGUGACCUUGCUCGGCGGGCACUGGGCCCCCGCGAUUAUUCUGGGGGAAGACAGGGAGGACUGGCUGCUUCAUGCAUGCUGGAGAGGUGGGAGGGAGACACUGAUCCAGACAGGCACACCCAGCGAAAGAAAAGCAGGGGGAUGGAGCCAGCAGAGGCUGGGGCCUGAGCUGUCUGCCUGCGGACCCCGGCCGGCCUCCGCGUGGGCGGGCCCCAGCCUUCAGUCCUCCUAGGUAGCAGGGUGAUGCGCUGGAGGCCAAGGCCUUGCUCCCGAUAGGUGAGGCUGUUUCCGCUGCUGUGUCUGCCUUCUAAGUUCUGCCUACAGCCAGAAGAGCGCGCGUUCCUGCUCCGAGGACAGUGACCUUCAUCCACCUUGGCUCUGGAUGGGCCGGGCUGGGCUGGGCUGAGUGGGAAGAGUGGGAUGGAAUGAACGGCAGGGGCUGGCCCAGAAGGGCUGGACCCAGGUGGGACCGGGGGGCUCCCUGCCUGGGCGUGAGGGGAAGCAGCACAGCGCUGCCUCCCCGGAAAGUGUCACAUGCCCUGGUCUGAUGGUGACUCGGGCUCAGCCUGGAUAAGGGUUGUCCUGUGGCCGCUCAGUGCCCGCGGGAUCUCUCCUCGCAGCGGAGGCGCCCACAUCACACAGGCCGCAGUGGCUUUGGCAGCACGCAGCAGCCUUGUGGGAAAUUUUGGUGCACAAGUGACAGGGAGCUUAAGGGUAUAAAUUAGGCCUGGCAGUUUGUGGGCAGGAUCACUGCAGGUCUCCGCCGGCGGGGCGGAGCCGCGAGGCCAGGAUCCUGCCAGCGCGUCUGUGCGGCCUCUGGCUCAGGAAGCGUCUGUGGCUCCUAGACACUCUGUGGUCCCACUGCUGCGGGUGGCUGGGGCUCUGUCCUCAGCUUCCAGAAAAAUCCUUCACCUGCUCUCGCACAGGAAGAAGAUGCAAAUGCUGAUGGCAGUAGAAGGGUAGAGCACCCUCUUCCCAGGCACGCGGGUUCACAGCAGGUGGUCCCUGGGCACUGGGAACAAGAGGUUGUUUAUGUUUUCUAUGUGGAAAUCAGCCAAACAAAUGAACUUGGGACCACAGGGCUGGCAUUGGUGAGCCAGCAGAAGAGAGCGUGACCUUCCCAGCGCAUCGUCCCAGUUUCAGGUGGCCGUGUGCUCCGGCUGCUGGUUACACCCACUGCCCAAGUGUCCUGUAGCUAAGGUGGCGCCCACACACACACCCCACCCUGGGGCUCCCUCUCAUUGCAGCCAUAAACCCAAGGGAAAACACAGACACUCAGUCUGGGGAUGCUCAAGGGUAAUCAGCAUUAGGAAGAUUGGCGAGAUGAAUGUUAGGAGUCUUACAGUUGGGGGGCAGGGGAGAUAGUGCGGUGGUCUAAGCACCUGCCUGGCAAAUGCAAGGACCUGAGUGUGAUUCCUGGUACCACAUGCUGUGCCAGCCUUAGAUCCCUGGGUGCAAUAGGCCGCCCACC